CAUCGUUAGGUUGCCUUCAUCAGUUUAAAAUUGCAAUUAUUACUACAACAGGAGUGUAAAAUCCACUUUUGUUUGCCGCUCGCGUAUUUACGCAGUCAGAUCUUCAAAAAACAGAGGCUGUUUGAAAUUAUCGACUGUUAGCUGAACUUGUUGAGGUUCCUGCGGAGAAGAGGAGCUAUGGAUUUGGUGUGUCUGGUGUGUUUGGCGCUGAGCAUCGGGGCUUGGUUCGCCUCUGCGGAGAGACACAGCGUCUAUUGGAACAGCUCGAAUCCAAACUUCCUGUGGGAUGAGUACACAGUGGAAGUGCGCAUCAAUGACUAUCUGGACAUCAUCUGCCCCCACUACACCCACGGUGAGGUGUCAUCGCAUGUAGCUGAGCGCUAUGUGCUGUACAUGGUGGAGAGGGAGGACUACGACGUAUGUAAACCUCACUCCUUUGACCAGCUCCGUUGGGAGUGCUCGCGGCCCUUCGCUCUCCACGCCCCUGAGAAAUUCUCUGAGAAGUUCCAGCGCUUCACACCCUUCACCUUGGGCAAGGAGUUCAGACAGGGAGAGAGCUAUUAUUAUAUUUCCAAGCCUAUGCAUCACCAUGGCCAGGAUUGUCUGAGGCUGAAAGUGGAUGUCGUCGGGCAUAAAGGCUCUGGGAAAACUCACCUGGACAAACCCAAAGCAGAGGAGACAGGGAAAAGCUCAGAUGAAGGAAAAGUGAUGUUUCCUGCUGCUGGAGGAGUGCACAACCCCUCUAAUCGGCUCCCAGCAGAUGACCCUGCUGUGAUGGAGCCAAACGUCCAGAGGAGUAUCGGCAGCUCAGGAGCACCGCUGGUUUCCUUCUCCCUCUUCUUUACCAUGAUCCCAGUCUUAUUAUCCUUGAUGCUACACUAAGGCUGCUGACCAUAACAGAGACAAUGCUAACUCAAUGCUGGUCAUUGGGACCAUGAAGACUCAGAAUUUUUUUAAUACAGAUUUUUUUUUUUUUUUUUUUU